GGAUCGUGCAUCAUACCACUCUAUGAUUGUUACACCACGAUCUUUCCCCAGUCUGAGUCUUGUGCCUCGCGCAGUAACUUCUUUUGUUGGUACAUGCAUUUGCCACAAAAACACGGUUGAGUAAUCCUGGCGUACGUUUUCCUUGUUUUUUCUUUUUAAGUAUGCCGCUUUUAAUUAAUGGCGAGAUUGAAAGCUCACAACUGAGAUCUUUCGAAGAUUUUUCCAGAAAACAUGAGCAUUUUAAGGAAAGAGCUGAAAAUUUCUCCAAAAAGCCACAAAGAAAAGUUGAGAGACCAAGUGGUGUUCUUUACAUCAUUCAAAGGGAAUAUGCUACUGUGGCACAAGAUGAUGAGCACAUCAAUAUCUUGGGAUCUGAGGAUGCUACAACUUGUCAUAUAGUUGUUCUGCGAAACACAGGAUCAGGUGUGGUAAGCGUAGGGCAUUUUGAUGGCAAAAGUACAGAGAAAGGUAUCAAGGCCAUGAUUGCAUCUGUCAUGCAGCUCUCUAGAUCACAGUCUUACAAUGGAAGGAAUGAGCUUCACUUGUUUGGAGGAUUUCUUGAUACUAAGGGGAUUUCCAGUAGUUUGACAAUAUCAAUUUUAGAAGCUGUACAGAAACAGGAUGGACUUAUACAUUUAUGUUCAGCAUGUGUAACAGGAUUCAACAACGUGGUUGAAAGUGGACAGCACAAGCCUAUGAUUUCUGGAAUAGGUGUUAGCAUUCAAGAUGGUGAGAUUUAUCCUGCAACAUUUAAGAAUAAGGGUCCUGAUGAAAUCAUUCGACAUGGACGUGUAUUUGUGGGUGAUGAAAGGAUGGUAGAGGUGUAUAAUUCAAAUAACAAAGAGCUGCAGAUUGUACCAUAUGAUAGUAAGAAUACAAUGCCUGCUGAAUGCAUGGAGUUCUUUUGUAAUGCGGAUGACAAUGUCAUACUACAGAAGCUGUCAACAUCACCCCAUUGUGAACCUCCAAACUUUGCAUCGACUGUCAGAGCCACCCUCCUUCAUAUUCUCACUCAUCCACAGCCUUUGAUUACAGUGUUUCCAGAAGGAAAGCCCCGCAUUUACAAACGGUCUAAUGGUGAAGAGAAUUGGACUCAAACCAGUUAAUAACACAGAAACAGGGUUUUUAGUUUACCAGCCAAAGUACUUGCAGAAGAAGUUGUGAGAAAGUAGGUCACUAUAAUGGUAACACCUAAUUUUUGUGUGAUGAGGAUCAGAAUACACAAGUUUAUCAACUAAAGAAAUACAGAGACAAAACAUGUAAAUAUCAUCAAAGUUGAGUAAGAUGCAUAAAAGUCAGCAGAUAGACACGAGUACUUUAAUACUGAGAGAAAACAGUUAAAUCAAUGCACUGGAAAUACUCAUACAACUGAAAGCCAAACUUGUGGACAGAAAAAGAAUGGAAAUUAAGGUGCAAGAGACAAUUCAGAAAGUUGUGGCAAGAUGUAGAUUACCCACCAAGCUUCUUAUUCGUGAAACUAAAAAUGAAGUCAAACUUGUGGAUGGACAUUAAAUUUUAUUGAUACAUUACAUCCCAAAGUGAUUACAAACAACAUACAAUUGUAUUUAUGUCUCAAUAAAUAUAGAUUCAUCAAGUUAUAAACUGGCCAGUUGUUUAACUUACAGACAAAAAGGUUCUCAAAAUCUAAAAACAUGGUGUCCCUGCCAUUAAGAUCAGAUACAUCAAUUCAUAAAUCUACCAGUGCAAGUUACACACAACUAAGGGGAAAGAAGGUUCAAUUUUGAGGCACCUUCUUAUCUGGGGCACACUAUCAUAAGAAACAACCCACAACAGGUCAAAGAUCCCUUCCCCAAUACAAUAGACUCCCCCCUACUGGCAUCAAAGCUAUGGAUUCACAGAAUUGAGUCAAGGUUUGCACGAUAGGACUAGCAUUUAUGUACUUCUGAAAGACCAAUUCUGUUUUACUUGACUAUUACUUUAUCACUCAGAUUCAACUCUGUAUGAUGUUUUAGUGCAGUGGACAAAACUACGAGAAUAAUUCAAUUUUAUUAAUGUACACCAUGCAAAAAUGGAAUUAAACCUGUAAUUUUUGUGCUGUGGGGCACAAGGGAAAACAAAUGAAACUGGAUUUUCAGUUCCACUUCCCUUGGGAGAUUGAAAGAUAGAAACAGGUUUCAUGUUUGUCCUUCAUUAUCCAAAAAAUGUAAACUGAAAGAAAAAUUUUCUAUUUUUACUAUACAACACUUUUCAA